ACGAGGCGACCCAGUUCUCAUCUCAUGCUCUCCCUUCCAAGCCACAGGAAGAAACCAUAAGCUUACAAUCCUUAUCCCACACAUUGAGGCCGAGAAUCCCUCCACGCCACCACGAUGUAAUAAAAGAAUCCCAGCGAAGAUAAGAUCACAAACCUCAUUGAAAAGAAUACGCUGAUAUUAUGUCACCCUUCUCCUCCAACAGCUACACUCUUCUUCUGUUCUCUAUUUAAUGGCCUCUCUACCUUCUCUUGCCAUCAAUGCCACCCUCCACAAGCUCGAUCCCGACCCCAGAAAACUGUCCCCAACCUCUCUUCCCAUCGAAAAGAGUCUUGCCUACCAGCGAAGCCCGCCAAUCCCGGAGAGCAGCUCAGAGAUCCUUGCCUACGAGAGAAGCCCACUGAGGACGGAGAACAGCUUCGAUGUAUUGCCACAGCCUCUUGAUGUCCAGGAAGCACUUGACAUCCUAAGAGAAGGCAACCGAGUCGAGUCGGUCCUUUAUGUCCCACUUCUCCAACAAUGCAUCGAUAACAGGUCGCUCCCUGAUGCUGAGAUCCUCCAUGCUCACAUUAUCAAGACUGGAACUCAUGAAGAUCUCUUUGUAUCGACGUCACUUGUUAACGUUUACAUGAAAUGUGGUGCUGCAGCCCAUGCACGUAAGCUUUUUGAUAAAUUGCCCCAUAGGAAUAUUGUGACUUGGACAGCAUUGAUCACUGGCUAUGUUCACAAUUCUCAACCAGACUGUGCGGUUGAAGUGUUUAUUCAGCUAUUAGAAUCAGGGGUCUACCCGACCAAUUAUACAUUAGGGGCUGUUCUAAGUGCAUGCUGUGCUCUGUAUUCUAUUGAGAUUGGCGAGCAAGUUCAUGGGUACAUGAUCAAGUAUGGAAUUGAGUCAAAUACGAGCAUUGGGAACUCUCUCUGCAGCUUGUACUCCAAAUGUGGGAGCUUGGAGUUUGCAGUGAAGGCCUUUCAAAGAAUUCCCGAUAAGAAUGUGAUCUCAUGGACGACGGUCAUAUCAGCUUGUGGUGAUCAAGGGGAUACUGAGCUGGGUUUGAGGCUGUUUAUCGAGAUGCUUUCAGAAAAUGUUGAACCAAACGAGUACACAUUGACGAGUGCUCUAAGCUUGUGUUGUACAGUACAAGAUCUUAGUCUUGGAAAGCAGGUCCACUCAUUCUGCAUCAAAUUUGGAUGCGAGUUUAAUGUUCCUGUGAAGAAUGCAAUCAUGUACUUGUAUCUGAAAUGUGGGGAGAUCAAUGAGGCAAGGAGAUUGUUUGAUGAAAUGGAAACUGUUAGUCUAAUAACAUGGAAUGCAAUGAUUGCUGGCCAUGCUCAGAUGAUGAAUUCAGCAAAGGAUGAUGUCACAGCAUAUCGUAGUGGAACAGAGGCACUUAGAAUGUUCCUUAAGUUGAAUCGAUCAGGAAUGAAACCAGACCUGUUCAGCUUCUCAAGCAUCCUAUCUAUUUGCAGUGGUCUUGUAGCCUUGGAGCAGGGUGAGCAGAUCCAUGCCCAGACUAUCAAGACUGGGUUCCUAUCUGAUGUGGUUGUGAGCAGUGCAUUGGUGAACAUGUAUAACAAGUGUGGAUGCAUUGAAAAAGCAACAAAAGCUUUUGUGGAGAUGUCAAGAAGGACUAUGAUAUCCUGGACUUCUAUGAUAACAGGCUACUCCCAGCAUGGUCGGUCUAGGGAAGCAAUACAACUGUUUGAGGACAUGAGAUUAUCUGGGGUGAGGCCAAACCAAGUUACUUUUGUUGGAGUUCUCUCAGCUUGCAGCCAUAGUGGUAUGGUUGACAAGGCUGAGUACUAUUUCAACAUGAUGAAGAAUGAGUACAGGAUCGAGCCUGUUAUGGACCAUUAUGCAUGCAUGGUUGAUAUGUUUGUGAGGUUGGGGCGGUUGGAGGAUGCAUUUGCUUUUGUGAAGAAGAUGCAUUUUGAGCCCAAUGAGAUCAUAUGGUCUAUUUUAAUUGCAGGAUGUCGGAGCCAUGGGAAUAUGGAAUUGGGUUUUUAUGCUGCUGAGAGGUUGCUAGAACUCAAGCCUAGAGGGAUUGAGACCUAUGUGUUGUUGUUGAACAUGUACAUAUCAGCAGAGAGAUGGCAGGAUGUAUCAAGGGUGAGAAAGCUCAUGAAAGAUGAGAAAAUUGGAAACAUGAGGGAUAGAAGUUGGAUCAGUAUCAAAGAUAAGAUUUAUUUUUUUAGAGCUGAUGAUAGAACCCACACUCAGAGUGCUGAAAUGUACAAAUUGUUAGAAAGCUUGCUUGAAAAAGCAAAAGGUUUGGGAUAUGUUCCCUAUAAAUGUGUCGAGAUAUCCGAUGAUGAGGACGAAGAGAAGAAAUUUGGUUCCACUACUCAUCAUAGUGAAAGAUUGGCUAUUAUUUUUGGGUUGAUAAACAUGGCAGAAGAUGCAUCCAUUCGAGUUGUUAAAAAUAUCACUAUGUGCAGGGACUGCCAUAGCGCUGUCAAGUUCUUUUCAAUACUGACAAAGAGAGAAAUUAUUGUUCGGGAUAGCAAGCGGCUUCACAAGUUCAUAGAUGGACAAUGUUCUUGUGGAGAUUUUGGUGCUCUUCUAUGAUACUACUGAUGUCUCUUUCUGAUUGGAAAUUCAAAUUAAUUUCUGGUAAUUGGAUCAUUGAGGUCAUUUUUUUGCUCCAAGACACCAUGCCCCAUGAACUUCUAACAGAUUUUCAGAGGGUUUGGGGAACAAUCCAUUUGAUUUUCCUGAUCUCUUAUUCGGUUUGACCAAAAUGAUUGUGAAUGUUGUAAAUGGCAUUAGCAAAACCAUGAAUUUGAUCAUUAUGCUUUCAAAAAAAAAACAUAUGAUCUUAUGUUUUAAGGGAUCAAGAUUUAUUUGUUCCGUUCGGAAGAUAAGAAGCUUGAAGAGUGUUUCAUGUGGUUAUAAUUAUGAUUCCUGGAGGAAAGCGCUUUUAAUGUUUUCUUAGCAGCGGUUAGUGGAAAGGAAUGAUGACUGGAAUCCCAUUGUUCUUUCACUUAAGCACAAUAGUCUGAGUGGUGGAAGUCAGGAAGACCCCUUGUAGUGUGAGCUCUUGACAGUGGAUGAUGCCAGCUUAAUGAUGAAACCUCGAGAGAUAGUGAUGUGGCUUCCCUGGGAAUUAUUUCUGAAAGCACUGCUUCACUCCCUGAUGGCUUUCCUGUUGGUUUUUUUGGCUGGUUUCUGUGAAUUGUUAUAUCAUUACCGCAGUGAAGCAUUUCUUCAAGGUAGGGUAUUUCUGCGCUAGAACCAGUGGUUACCCCUGAUCCAAGAAUUGGCAGCAGCUGUGGUGAAAAUUUUCAUCCUACUACUCUGAGAAUGUACUUCAUGGUCUAUUAAUAGAAGUCUCAUUUGUACAA